AUGGGUGAGGUACAAAAGGGUUUGUUGUCACUGGCAGAAGAACUAAGAAAAGUAGAAGAUCUAGAUGGAAAUUCUAUUAGAAUAAUAUUACUAGGACUGGACAAUGCUGGCAAGACAACAAUCUUGACCCGCCUUGCUUUGGAGGAAAUCAGCAAUAUAACGCCAACACAGGGUUUCAAUAUCAAAAGUGUACAAUCACAAGGUUUGAGGUUGUCUGUCUGGGACAUUGGAGGUCAAAGAACAAUUCGUUCCCAUUGGAAGAAAUACCUUGGAAACACAGACUUAUUGAUCUAUGUUGUCGACAGUGCAGAUCGUAAACGAUUUGAAGAAACAGGGCAGGAGCUGGCAGAACUGAUAGAAGAGGACAGUCUACUUGGUGUUCCCCUUCUGGUUUUUGCUAAUAAACAAGACUUAUUGACUGCUGCUCCUGCCGCUGACAUUGCUGCUGGACUGAACCUGCACACCUACCGAGACCGUAUGUGGCAGAUCCAAGCCUGUUCUGCACUCUCAGGAGAAGGGAUUCAGGAUGGAAUGAAUUGGAUAUGUAAAAACAUCACUACAAAGAAAAAAUGA